CACGCAAGCACGCAGAUGCCGCCGCCGACGAGAUCGCUCGCGUGCCUGCUGCUCCUGCUCCUCGCCGCCGUGCGGGCGUCGGAUGCCGGGCCCCUGGCCGUGGAGAUCGUGCGGCCCAGCUUCACGGCGACUAGCUACGAGUACAUCGACACCGGCGGCGCGUUCUUGCAGUCCAGGAACGGCGCGUUCAGCGCCGCGGUGUUCAACCCCGGGAAGCAGCAGGCCAGCUUCUACCUCGCCGUGCUGCACGCGCCGUCGGGGACGCCCGUCUGGUCGGCCAACCGCGACGCGCCCACGGGCUCGUCCGGUAAGGUCCAGCUCUCUGCGGGAGGGAUCGCCGUGUCGGACACCAAUGGGACGGUGCUGUGGUCGACGCCGCCGCUGCGGUCCCCCAUCGCGGCGCUCCGCCUGCUGGACACCGGGGACCUGCAGCUGCUGGACGCCGGCAACGCGACGCUGUGGCGGUCGUUCGAUAACGCCACCGACACGUUGCUGCCGGGCCAACAGCUACUCGCCGGAGCAUCCUUGUCGUCGGCGAAGGGUCCGACCGAUUUCUCCCAGGGGGACUACCGGCUCGGCGUGAUCACCUCCGACGUGCUGUUGACGUGGCAGGGAUCCACCUACUGGCGCCUAUCGAAUGACGUCCGGGCGUUCAAGGACAGAAACGCCGCCGUGGCGUCCAUGUCGGUGAACGCGUCGGGGCUAUUCGCGCUUGGCGCCGACGGAGCUGUGGUGUUCCGGGUGGGCCUCCCGCCGGCGGAGUUCCGCAUGCUGAGGCUGGGGAGCGACGGCCGGCUGCGCAUCACGAGCUUCGCGCACCUGAACUCCUCGGCGCCGGUCGGCAGCGAUUUCAUCUCCCCAGCCGGCGACUGCGAACUCCCGCUGCAGUGUCCGUCCCUUGGCCUCUGCUCCGCGGGAGGCAACGGCUCGACCUGCACGUGCCCGCCGUUAUUUGCCGCCUCCGUGACAGUUCCCGGCUCGUGCACGCCGGGGGACGGCUCCACGCUCGCGUCGCCGGCCGCGUGCCAGAACAACAGCGGCGGCGGCGGCUCCGUUUCAUACAUCGCCCUCAAGCAGCCGAUCGCCUACUUCGCCACGAAGUUCGACGCUCCGACGAACACCGGCGUCAACAGAACCGCGUGUCGCGCGCUCUGCACCGCCAGCUGCGCCUGCCUCGGCUUCUUCCACGACAACGCCACCCUGACAUGCCGCUUGCUCGGAGGAAAGCAGCUCGGCUCGCUAUACACGGGCACGUCAGAUACAAACCUGGGAUACAUCAAGACGUUCAGCUCGGCGACCAAAGCCGGAAGCAACCAGCCUGGCUCGUCGUCGGCGAACCACACUGUGCCGAUCGUCCUGCCGUCCGUUGCGGCGUUCCUUCUCCUUUCCGUGCUCGCAUGGUACCUAUGGUGGAGAAGCAGGAUGAGCAAGAACGGCAAGAAAAAGAAGGGCAAGAACUCCACCAUGAAAGUGUACAUGGGCCGUCAGAAGUCACCGACCAGGGACACCGGUUAUAACGCGGACGCCGACGCUGACGACGACGACGACGAGAUCGUCAUACCGGGCAUGCCGACGAGGUUUAGCUACCAGGAGAUUACAACGAUGACCUCCAAUUUCGCGACAAAGGUGGGAUCCGGUGGGUUCGGCUCCGUGUACAAAGGGGAGCUUCCGGGCGGCGAGGGGCUCAUCGCCGUGAAGAAGCUCGAGGCCGUCGGCGUGCAUGCCAAGCGGGAGUUCUGCACGGAGAUUACAAUCAUCGGCAACAUCCGCCACCUCAACCUCGUCCGCCUCCGCGGCUUCUGCGCCGAGGGCUCCCGCAGGCUGCUCGUCUACGAGUACAUGAACCGCGGCUCGCUCGACCGGUCACUGUUCGGCCGCACGGGGCCGGCGCUGGAGUGGGGGGAGCGCAUGGAGGUGGCCAUCGGCGCGGCGCGCGGGCUGGCGUACCUGCACACCGGGUGCGAGCAGAAGAUCGUGCACUGCGACGUCAAGCCGGAGAACAUCUUGCUGGCCAACGGCGGGCAGGUGAAGAUAUCCGACUUCGGCCUCGCCAAGCUGAUGUCGCGGGAGCAGUCAGCGCUGUUCACCACCAUGCGAGGAACGCGCGGGUACCUCGCGCCGGAGUGGAUCAGCAACGCGGCCAUCUCCGACCGCGCCGACGUCUACAGCUUCGGCAUGGUGCUGCUAGAGCUGAUACACGGGAGAAAGAACCGUGGCGAGCAGGAGGCGUUGAACAACAACGUCGCCGUCGCGGUCGCCAGCGUCGAGCACUCGGACUGGCCGUCCGGGUGGAGCAGCGCGAUGACUUCGACGGCGAGCGGGACGAGCGGCGGCGGCGGCGACGAGUACUUCCCGAUGGUGGCACUGGAGCUCCAUGAGCAGGGGAGAUACCUGGACCUCGUCGACGCGAGGCUUGAGGGACGCGUCGACGAGGCCGAAGCAGCACGCGCAGUCCGCGCCGCGCUCUGCUGCCUCCAUGAGGACCCCGCGCUGCGGCCGAGCAUGGCAGCCGUGGUGCGGAUCCUGGAAGGCACCGUGCCGCCGCCGGAGCCGCGGGUCGAGGCACUCGGCUUCCUGCGGCUCUACGGGAGGAGCCAUCCCCUGCCGCAGCCGGGAUCGUUGACCGCCAUGGCCGGCACGACGGGCUCCGCCGCCGGCUCCGUGUCGUCGACGGCCGGUGGUGGCUCCCAUUUGGACGUGCCAUCGCAGGACACGUCAGGAGAGAGAUAGCACCGUGAUAACCGAGCGCUGUAUACGAUCCAGCACGUAUGACGUGGCAGUGGCACUGUGUGCAUCUCCACAGUGCCAGCAUGGCAUUGACAUGGCAGUGUAUAUACCUGUCCAUUGUAGAAUCCUUGGAUCCGAUUACCCUGACAAGAUGAUAAUCUGCAAUGCUGCAUACUGGUCCAUAUGGUCAAUUUCUGCAGGCUGAUAACCAAAAAAAAAGGAGAGGAGAAAACUGGUCCUUGAGGUGUGGACACUGGACAUAGAUAAAAAAAUGGCCGCCAUAGAUAAAAAAAAACAAGUUGCCAACUUGUUCGUGGGAUUAGAGUAUAAGAAUAAGGGUUAGCUUUGAAGUUGGUGACAUGGACACAUAAAAACAUGAUUCCUGAUUAGUGAUUAGUAGUAGUAUAUGAUAAUAUGCACAGUACAUUUCUUUGGUGAGGUUGAGAAGGGUGUAAACUGUACUUCAAAGCAGGAAAAGAAACAGAGGCUCUCUCCCGAAGCAACAACGGUUAUGUUUCCAUGCCUAAUAAUUCUAUCUUUGGAAACA